GUUCAGCGAAAUCGAAACUAGACUGCUGUCGAACUGUUGUGAAUGUCUCUCCACCUGUGAGUGCUUGCAGUAAAAUGGCAGAAUCCAGUGUUUCUUUGGCUCAGAAUGAGUUCAGCUGUUCAAUCUGUCUGGAUCUACUGAAGGAUCCAGUGACAGUUCCCUGUGGACACAGUUACUGUAUGAGCUGUAUUACAGGCUGCUGGAAUCAGGAUGAUCAGAAGGGAGUCUACAGCUGCCCUCAGUGCAGACAGACCUUCACUCCAAGACCUGUUUUAGGUAAAAACACCAUACUGGCUGAAGUGCUGGAGAAACUCAAGAAGACAAAACGCCAAGCUGCUCGUCCUGCUCAGUGUUCCACUGGAUCUGGAAAUGUGGAGUGUGACAUCUGUACUGGGAGAAAAUAUAAAGCCAUCAAAUCCUGUCUGGUGUGUCUGGAAUCUUACUGUAAAAAUCAUUUUAAACGUCAUGAAGAAUUUCACUCUGGAAAGCGACACAAGUUGACUGAUGCCAAUGGACAACUGCAGGAGAUGAUCUGCCCUCAACAUGAUAAACUGCUGGAGAUUUUCUGUCGUACUGAUCAGCAGUGUAUUUGUUAUAUGUGUAUGGUAGAUGAACACAAAGACCACAACACUGUAUCAGCUGCAGCAGAGAGGACGGAGAAACAGGUAUGA